AUGAAGGAAAUACACGAGGGACAUUGUGGAAAUCACGCCGGAGGAAGAUCAUUGAUAAGAACUUUAAUCAGGGCAGAUGGGCAGAAAACAAUUGAAGGAAGAUGUGCUGUUGGACAUUAUAAUAAAAUUAAACCAGGAGCUUUCAUCCUCUUCAAUAAAUGUUUACUUCUUAAAGUUCAGGAUGUCCGUCAUUAUCAUUCAUUUUGUGAGAUGCUAGAAGCAGAGAAUCUUCAAGACCUUCUUCCUGGAGUGGAUACUGUUGAAGAAGGUGUCCAAGUUUACCGUAAAUUUUACUCAGAAGAGAAAGAAAGGUCAAAUGGUGUUCUCGCUAUCUGUGUUGAGAAGCCGGUUUCUCAGCCUUCCAUUUGUCUGGGCUCCAUGCUUUCUGAACUGAGCUAUGCAGGUGUUCAGAGGCUUCUAGGAUUUGUAUGUACAGUUGGAACAGUUUCUGAGGCACUUCCACCGGCAGCAUCUACUCUAAUUUCAUCAUUUUUGUUGCCACAUAAUCCAAAUGCUAAAGGUUCUACAUUGACCGAUGGAGCUAGAGCGAUGUCAAAGCAUGUAAACAGGAGCAGCGACAGCUACUGGGGUAGUUUUUCUGGAAGUGAUUCCGAUAAAAAUAGGGUCGCCCUGGAUGUCAUCAGUGAUUUAAUAACUCAUUGCUGUUGGAUAAAUGUGCAUAUUGUUCCCCCACAUGGGGUUGUUUUUGAGAUAAGAGUUGCUAAUGGUUAUGGUGCACGGUGGUCCAAAGAUGGAAGUAAGACAUUUCCAUUGCAUAUGCGGUUUAUAGGUUUUCUUGAGCCUUAUAUGGAGGAUGGCCAUUCAAAGGGAUGGAGGCACUGA